CACUCGUCAUUGAGCCACUUAUUGGGGAAAUUUAAAGCUUUCCCUUCAAUGUAGGACUCUUACAUGAAAUGGUAGCAGAGAUGAUCUCCUUCUAAAAAAUAGUUUGGGUCACAAAGACUUGUCUAUCAAAUAUAGAGACGAAGUUGCUAAUCAAGGUGGUACAAGCAUGGGAAUGCUUAAGUUUUGGUUGGCAAAUUGAAAACGGCACCUUCAAAAUUUCAUGGCUUAUAGAAUGAAUGCAAUCAUGUUGCAGUCUUUGCCAGCAGCCGAGAAUGAAAGCUUUGGACAAUUGUUUGUAAUUUCAAGAAGUUCAUCUAUCCUGGAUUUCUCCAACAGACUAGAAGUAACUGAACAAAUUUCGAAGUUUGGUGCAAAAUGUAUGCCAUCUCCUAAUAUUAGGUCCUGGACAAGAAGACAUGGUUCAAGAAUAGCAUUUGCUCUGGAUACAGGAAGCAUUCCCAGUAGUGAUGAUCAAGAUGGCCUCAAUGGUGAUGGUCGUGAUCUAGGUGGAACCCGUUUGGGGAGGAUAGUAGGUGCUGGAGGCAGACAGUUCUUGGAGAAGCUUAAUUCAGCUCGGAAAAAUUUUCCUAUGAAAGUAUUUCUGCUUCUCUUAGGUUUUUAUACGGCAAAUGCCUUGGCUACAAUCCUAGGACAGACUGGUGAUUGGGAUGUAUUAGUAGCAGGAGUCGUUGUUGCUGCAAUUGAGGGAAUCGGAAUGCUGAUGUAUAAAAAACCUCCUUCUCUUCCAUCCAGGAGGUUGCAGUCUCUGAUUUCAAUGGUGAACUACUGGAAAGCAGGUGUUAUUCUAGGUCUCUUUGUUGAUGCUUUCAAACUAGGCAGUUGAUACCUUUCUAAAAUAUCUAAGGUUAAUACUGUUGCAAUCUCCCUUCCAUGGGACUGGUUUAUUGAUCUUACCUGUUUUAUACGUAUAAAACUUAAUAAAAGUAAAACUACUUGUACACUCUAUUGUAUAGUUAAUUAUUGUCCCAGAUGGUACCAUAUAUGCCCACAGUAGGAUGUGUUUAACCAUGUUGUAUGAAAUCCUGAGAUGAAGUUGAA